CAAUAAGUUCCCGGCGUCACAAGAUCUGACACACCGGCCCCUCUACCCCCCAUUCCCGCUGUGGAGCAUUCCCUUUCCAUCCGUACCGCAUAAGGAUUAUGGUUUUAAGGCAUCAAGUUUCCCGCCGCGUUUCUAUGGCAAGUCAAGAGUAUCAAAUAUUUAGAGCCAGUGGCAAAUCAGACGGGCGGGACGCCUUCAGGGAAUCCUGAUCCUCCAGCAGCUCUCGCAGCCCCCCUGCAAUACUCACCUAAGACGUUGGCAGAGUGACUUUGCCUUGUCUUCUCACUACACGGCACUUAUUCUCAGGAAUCCGCUCCUCUCCGCAGAGAACCGCUCGGCACCAUGGUUGGAUUCAAGCCCACCGACAUCCCACCCACAGCGGCCGUCAAAUUCGUCGGCGCUGGGACAGCAGCAUGUAUCGCCGAUCUGUUCACCUUCCCUCUGGACACGGCCAAAGUCCGACUCCAGAUUCAAGGAGAGAACAAGGUGGUUAACGUGAAGGCGGCCCAGUACAAGGGAGUGUUUGGCACCAUCUCUACCAUGGUGAAGACGGAAGGGCCCAAGAGUCUGUACAACGGCUUGGUUGCCGGCCUGCAGCGCCAGAUGAGCUUCGCCUCCGUCCGGAUCGGACUCUACGACUCGGUCAAGCAAUUUUACACCAAAGGAUCCGAACAUGUUGGGAUUGGGAGCAGGCUGGCUGCUGGGUGCACCACGGGUGCUAUGGCAGUGGCAGUGGCCCAGCCCACAGAUGUGGUGAAGGUUCGGUUCCAAGCUCAGGCCAACUCCUCCGCCAACCGGCGCUACAAGGGGACGAUGCACGCGUAUCGCACCAUCGCCAGGGAGGAAGGAAUGCGCGGACUCUGGAAAGGAACCGCCCCCAAUAUCACCCGAAACGCAAUCGUCAACUGCACAGAGCUGGUCACGUAUGACAUCAUUAAAGAUUCCCUCCUGAAAGCCAACAUCAUGACAGACAACCUGCCCUGCCAUUUCACCUCUGCCUUCGGUGCCGGCUUCUGUACCACGGUGAUUGCCUCCCCCGUCGAUGUAGUGAAGACAAGAUACAUGAACUCUGCCAAAGGCCAGUACGCCAGCGCCAUCAACUGUGCCCUCACCAUGUUCAGGAAGGAGGGGCCCAAGGCUUUCUAUAAGGGAUUCAUGCCGUCCUUCCUGCGCUUGGGAUCCUGGAACGUGGUGAUGUUUGUGACCUACGAGCAGCUGAAGAGAGCCAUGAUGUCGGCCCAGCGUUCCUGGGAAGCCCCUUUCUGAGCUGCCGAGACCCCCGUUGAUGCUGAUUGGGCGCUAUUUAGUUCUCCCACUAUAUUGUUUACAGUAGGAUUUGUACCACUAACUCCCAGCAACUCCCCGCAGAGCUGCUUUUGGGCAGGAGGCAGAAAAGGGCAUUUUUUAUUUUGGGGGGGCGAUUGGGUGCAAUUGGGGGUUUGCUGGUUUCCGGGACACUUAGCGAUUUCUCAUUUCGUUGUCUUUAAAUGUGGCAUUUUCUUAAUUUUAUUGGCCAAAAUGUCCAAAAAAAAAAAAGAAUUUUUUAAAGUCUUUAAUAAGUGCAAUUGAUAAGAUUUUAAUUAAGUUAAAAUAAAACGACCUACGGUUUACGGGAACGGAGAAUGGGAGUCGCCGGCGGUUACGGUCGCGCACAGACUAGAGAGCGGUCAUUGGUCCUUAGGGUGAUGAACUGCAACUCCCAGCACUCUGUAACAGCUGAAUGGUGGGAGUUGUAGGUCAGUCGUUCAUUGGCUCCUACACAUUCCAAUGUGACCAACCGCUGCCCAAUGGCUUCCCGUUCCUCUGUCCCGGCUGGCUCGGGCCCGGUUAAAGGGGCAGAGGCAGAAAAGGCCGUAACUUAUAUCUGUGUCUGUGCGUCUGAGAUCAUUGGGACGUGUGACUUUGCAUCAAAUGUUUGACGAACCAACUGGUUAAUUUGCUUUUUUUAUUCUGGUUUUUAUGGUGUAAAAUAAAGUCACUGUGUAACAA